CAACAUCAUGAGCGAUUUCCGCCAGUAGCGCGCAGGAAGUCGCGUCAAUCGGUCGGCAGGAGUAAAAACUUAAGAAAAUGCAGGAGCGAAUGUCGGGUUAGGGGUUUAUAGCGCGGGAACGUUUGAACUACCGCUUCUGAGGACCAAUGUGAUUUUUUUCGAGAAAAGUGUGAAAAUGAUCGGGAAAAAAAUGUUUUUUUCUGGAAAAUUUGUAGUGGUGACUUGGGGUACCUCAUAUAACGAAUGCAGGUACUGAUAUUCGUUGUAGCAGAUAACCCAGUACCACUUCUAUCACCAAUAAUCGAAGAAUGAAGAAAGUGGUUCCAAUUCCAAGCCAGUUAGACGGAAGAUGUCCGAAUGGCAAUGUUGCGGUACUAUCUUCAUUUCUCGGUGUAUUUUAGCGUCUUGUUUGUUGGGUUAUUACGUCACGUACGGCCGAUUCCUGUUGCCCCACGUACCGGAAACAGUGCAUCCACCUCUUCCUGAUCAUGUCGAAGUAAUGAAUAUCACUGGAAACAGCACAGAUGCUGAAAUAGAUCCUGAAACAUCUCCAGGAUUGUUCCAGGGGGAUAUGGCGAUGGAUAACGAUAUUUACAGGUUUUGGAGAGUAGGGAUAAGGUGGGAUACCUAUCCAGACAAGCUCUGGAAGAAUGCUAUCGUACCAUACACCAUUAGCCCACUAUAUGAACCAAGCGACCAAGUAACGAUUAUGAAAGCAAUCAGGACGAUAAAUUUCAUGACAUGUGUCAGAUUUGCGCCCUGGGAUGGUAAAGCCAAAGAUUACCUCUUGAUAUGGCCCAUAAAGUAUCCAAAAGGGUGCUGGUCAUUUGUGGGUAGAUUUGGAGGUGCCCAAAUUGUUAGUUUGCAGGCGCCCGAUAAGACAAGCCCAAACUGCCUAGGCAGUGAAGGACGAGCCAUCCACGAGUUAAUGCAUGCCUUGGGUGUGUUCCAUGAACAGUCCAGAUGGGACAGGGACAAAUUUGUUAAAGUGCACAGCGACAAUAUCAUCCCUAGAUUUAAGUCAAAUUUUGACAAGCAGAGCUUGGACAACACCACGUAUAGUUUCGAGUACGACUACGACUCUAUCAUGCACUACGGCAAGAACUUCUUCAGCAAAAGCAAAGGAAAACCGACCAUAACGCCAAAAAUGGGACACUCGAAAAAAAUUGGACAAAGAAAAGGGAUGUCCAAAGGGGACUGUUUAAAACUAAACGAUUUGUACGGAUGUUUGGACAACCCUAGGUCCAAAAGAAAAUAUUACAAUAUUUGUAAUUUUAUGGGAAUAUAAAAAACACUUUUUAAAUUAAUUAAUUUAUUUAUUUAUCACAAUUAUAUAAAAUACGUUGUUA